AUGUACUCCACGACGGUCACCCCCUUACACCGAUGGGCACUCAACGCCUCAGAUACCCAGUUCAACGCUGUCGCUGGCGCAGUGGGCGGUUUCACAUCAGGUGUCGUGACAUGCCCUCUCGACGUCAUCAAGACCAAACUACAGGCGCAGGGUGGCUACGCCGCCUUGAAUAAGGGACGACAUGUUGGCCACCCCAAGUUGUACAACGGUCUCGUUGGUUCAGCAAAGGUCAUAUGGAGAGAGGAAGGGAUCAGAGGCCUCUACCGCGGUCUGGGGCCUAUUGUAAUGGGCUACUUGCCAACAUGGGCUGUGUGGUUUACUGUUUAUAACAAGAGCAAGGUGUAUAUAUCACAAUAUUCAGUCAACUUCUGGUCGUCUAUCGUAGCAGGCGCCAGCAGUACAAUCGUCACCAACCCGAUAUGGGUCAUCAAAACUCGGCUCAUGUCACAGAGCAAUAUCCGCCACAACACACAAGACCACCACUCUACAUACUACCCGAAAGCUGUGGGCACACCAACAGCACGGCCAACACUACACGACUGGCAUUACCGAUCAACGCUAGAUGCAGCUCGCAAGAUGUACACUUCGGAAGGCCUCAUUUCGUUUUAUUCAGGGUUGACACCAGCACUCCUUGGCCUAACACAUGUUGCUGUGCAGUUUCCGACCUACGAGUACUUGAAGACCAAGUUUACCGGUCAGGGAAUGGGUGAAUCGAAGGAGGGAGAUGAUAAAACUCAAGUUUUUGGAAUAUUAGGGGCCUCUAUUCUAUCCAAGAUCCUUGCCAGUACUGCCACAUACCCUCACGAAGUCAUCCGAACCCGUCUUCAAACCCAACGGCGCCCACUUGCCGGCGAAGAGUUCGUUCAAGGGAUGGGAGUGACAAGUUCAGGCCCCAGGAGUAGGGCCCCUGUGGAGAAACCCAAGUAUCAGGGCGUCGUUAAUACCUUUCGAACCAUUCUAGCUGAGGAAGGUUGGCGAGCGUUCUAUGCUGGUCUUGGUACUAAUAUGAUGCGGGCUGUUCCAGCAGCAACCGUCACCAUGCUGACUUACGAAUAUGUCAUGAGGCAAUUAUACCAUACCAGGGCUGAGGCACGCCAUUUAUUGCUCGACCCUUCGGUGGAAUCAUAA